AUGAACCCUGUUGCUCACAAUUCGCCAGGCCGGCCAGGGCGGGCGCCUCAGCAGCACCGCCCCCAGCAACUGGCGCGCAGACCCUCCGUCAGCGACGACGAGGAUGACGACGACAGCGAUGAAGACGAAUUGUCCUCCGGCAGCGAGGCCUCGUCCAAUGUGACCACCCUCUCCGUCGCCCCUAUUACACCCAUCUCCGGUCACUCGCAGGGCUACUUCCCUCCCAUCCCGCCACCCUCUGCCUCCGCGUCCGCCUCCGCAAACACCUCGCCCGCCCGCGUCCGCAUGCCGCAGGACCGAAGACCCUCUGGGCGCGGGCCUUCCGCUGAGCUGCCGCGCCAUCGGCCAAGACAUCAUUCGCAGGGCUUCUUUGAGCCAUCGUUGCCAACAGCCUCGGCGGAUCAGGUCCCGCCCGCCGUCGCGGCGUCGCGCAUCGCUGCUCAAGCCGCUAUGCAGACCCGCAGAGCCCAGAAUAUGAUCAAGGACGACGUGCCCUCCCGCCCUGGCAGUGUCUCUCCCCCUCCGGCUAUCAUGCCGGCGCCGCUACGGGUGAGCAGUAACCAGACUACUGCGAGUGCCGCGACCACCGCCGCCAACGUCGUGUUCCCGCGGGCCGGGGCACAGCCGGAGACGGAGAAGAAGACUGAGAAGAGGAAGAAGCUGUUCUCUAAACCGAAACAUAUCGGGAUCUCCCGCGAUAGGGAUUUCUCGAAUCGUGGUCUUCCGUCCCCGAACAAGAUCAGUGGGUUGUCGAGAAUGGUCAGCGCCUCGACGACAAACCUCGCUGACCUGUCGUCCAACAAUUCGUCCAUGUACAACCUGUCCAACGCCUCUGUCAGCACGGUGGUUCCGGCCGAUAAGCCUGAAAAGCCGGAGAAGGAAAAGGACAAGGAUAAACAUAAGCACCACUUCUUAUCACGUCAAAAACUCAAGCUCAAGGAUCGCGACGAUCACUUCAACCUGCCCUUAUCAUCCGCAUCGAGCAAUUCUCGUCCCGCAGACCCCAAUGCGCCGCAGUCUCUUUACUCGUUUACUCCACAAUCACCCGCACCGGGGUCGACGACGUUCGGCAAGUCUGUCAGUGGUCUGGAUCUCUUGCACGGAGGACGGGCUCUUCGCGAAAAGAAGAAAGAAGAGAAAGCGCUCGCGGAGACGGAAGAAUGGCUCGCCAAUUCCAGUGGGCUACCGACGCCCGGCGCAGUCCCAUCAUCUGUUGGAUCGACAACUGUGCUGGGGGAGGCGGUUCUUCGAGAAACGCUGCAAGGGUUCGGGCUCAAUAACAUGUCGCCCGAGGACGCGUGGGAUUUCUUGAAAGCGAAACUGCUGGUCAUUUUCGAUGGUGAAGAUGUCCGUAUCGCAAUUGAGGAUCUCAAUAAGUUGGUUAUGGUGCACCUGCAGCGCUGCGUGCAGAAACGGGCGCCGACAGGUAUUGUCUCUGAUUUGCAAGAACUCCUGGAGACUGGGUUUGCGACGUUGAACCACAGCUCCUUGAUCGGGGUCCCGGAUGAGAAACUGGUGCCGCAUAUUGUGCAGAUCUGGAUGUUGGUGUUUGGCACGAUUUUGCCCUUCAUUCAAGCCGUUUUCCUGCCUUUGGAUCUUGAGUUCAAGGGAUGUGGCUCACUCAUGACCGGCCGCGAAGCCCGUGAGUUCUGGGGUGUACUACCUGCCCGAGGUACACUAGAUGUGCGGAAUCUUGUCUUGAUUGCCUUCCGGGACUGCAUCAUUCUCAACCGCUAUGAAAGUCUCAAAGCGACGUUUUCGCGCCUGAGCCUCGAUAGCAUCAACUCCGGAAUCCCCAACCUUACGGUCACAAACAAAAGCGCCGCGACAGCCGGCCGCCCCGGUACCGCAGCCUCUCUAGAAGUCGGCAGCUUCAACUCGCAAUCAUCUACCCUCCUAAGCACAGGAGCCGACUCCGACAGCGUGAGCGGCCACAGCGCCGCCCAGCAACACCAACACCAACCCGGCCCACCAAGCAACGACUCCCGCAGUCGCGCCACAUCCAACACCUCCUCAAACGCCGACCAGGUGAUCUUCCCCUCCGUCGCCCCCAAAAGACCACCACUCAUGCAACGCGCCUUCUCCGCGGACUCGUCGCACGUGAUAACCGAAACUGUCGGCCGCAUGCUCCAAUGCGUCAGCGUGCUCGCUAGCGUCCAAACCGACGACGACGCACAAGACAGAAUCGAUCUCCUCAGCAAAGCCCUCAAGCACAACUGGCUCGGCCGCGGCCGGACAGGUCGCGAUCGCCGCGGGUUUGUUGGCGCAAAGAUCCGUCCCGUGAUGAUUGGCCGUGGUCCGCCUGGGCUGGGAACGGAACCGGAAACAGGAACGGGUGAUGAUGACUCUCUGACUACGGCAGGGAUAAGCGUUGGUGCGAGCACGAGCUCUACCAGUGAUUCUCGCGCGAGGGGCGAUUCGUCUUCGUCAGAGUGGAGUAAUGGGUUGUCUGCUUCUGCUGCGACGGGUAUGGGUAUGAGUGUUAGGAGUGCGGGGAGGAGGGAGUUGAGUGUUCUUUAA